CUUCGCCCAACACGCGCUGCGGCGGGCCUUUGCGCGAGAGCCGAGCCCGAAGCCGCCAGUCCCCUGCCCCCACCAUGGCGUCGUCGGGCAGCGCCAUCCAAAUCCCGACCCGCCUGCCGCUGCUGCUGACGCCCGAGGCCGUGCUGCUGCCGGGCUCAACCAUGCGCGCCAGCGUGGACUCUCCGCGGAACAUGCAGCUGGUGCGGAGCCGGCUGCUGAAGGGCACGUCGCUCAAGAGCACCAUCCUCGGCGUCAUUCCUGACACUAAGGACCCGGCCAGCGACCUAGACGCGCUGCCGCCGCUCCACAGGAUUGGCACAGCUGCACUGGCUGUUCAGGUGGUCGGCAGCAACUGGCCCAAGCCCCAUUAUACUUUGCUGUUGACGGGACUCUGCAGGUUCCAGAUUUUGCAGCUGGUGAAGGAGAAACCGUAUCCCAUUUCUGACGUUGAACAGUUGGAUCGGCUAGAACAAUUUACCGACAAGUCUUCAUCUGAGGAGGAGCUGGGAGAGCUGUCGGAGCAAUUUUAUAAAUAUGCAGUGCAGCUGGUUGAGAUGCUGGAUAUGUCGAUCCCUGCAGUGGCAAAACUGAGACGCUUGUUGGACAAUCUACCCAGGGAAGCUCUGCCAGAUAUAGUCACUUCGAUCAUCCGUACCAGCAACCAGGAGAAGCUUCAGAUCUUGGACGCCGUUGGUUUGGAGGAACGAUUCAAAAUGACCAUACCCUUGCUUGUUAGACAGAUUGAAGGUUUGAAGCUUCUGCAGAAGACCAGAAAACACAAGCAGGAUGAUGACAAAAGGAUUGUAGCAAUACGUCCUAUGCGGCGGAUCGGCCACAUUCCAGGUGCUGUGGAUGAGGAGGAGGAGGAUGAAGACCAUGAUGAUAUUAUAAUUCUUGAAAAAAAGAUCCAAGCCUCUCGCAUGCCUGAGCAAGCUCUCAAAGUGUGUGUCAAGGAAGUUAAAAGGUUAAAGAAGAUGCCUCAAUCCAUGCCAGAAUAUGCCUUAACCCGAAAUUAUUUGGAACUGAUGGUGGAACUACCGUGGAGCAAAAGUACAAAAGAUUGCCUGGAUAUCCGUGCAGCCAGAAUUCUUCUGGACAAUGACCAUUAUGCUAUGGAGAAACUGAAGAAGAGAGUGUUGGAAUAUUUGGCUGUCAGGCAACUAAAGAACAAUUUAAAGGGGCCCAUCCUUUGCUUCGUAGGCCCCCCUGGAGUUGGAAAAACAAGUGUGGGCCGAUCUGUGGCGAAGACUUUGGGCCGAGAGUUCCACCGGAUCGCGCUAGGUGGAGUGUGUGACCAGUCUGACAUCCGAGGUCACAGGCGCACGUACGUUGGCAGUAUGCCUGGGCGUAUCAUCAAUGGCUUGAAGACUGUUGGAGUUAACAAUCCUGUCUUCCUACUAGAUGAGGUGGACAAGCUUGGAAAGAGCUUGCAAGGGGAUCCUGCAGCUGCAUUACUUGAGGUCUUGGAUCCUGAGCAAAACCAUAGCUUCACAGACCAUUACUUAAAUGUGGCCUUUGAUUUGUCUCAAGUCCUCUUCAUAGCCACUGCGAACACUACUUCCACCAUCCCAGCUGCUUUAUUGGACAGAAUGGAGAUAAUUCAGGUUCCAGGAUACACACAAGAAGAAAAGAUAGAAAUUGCGCAUCGGCAUUUGAUUCCAAAACAGCUGGAACAGCAUGGGCUGACUCCUCAACAGAUUCAGAUUCCCCAAGAAGCAACACUGUUGAUUAUCACCCGCUACACCCGAGAGGCAGGAGUUCGCUCUUUGGAUCGCAAACUUGGAGCCAUUUGCCGAGCAGUUGCCGUAAAAGUGGCUGAAAGCCAACACAAGGAGACAAGGCCGGAUCGCUCUGAAGGGACAGAAGGAGACUGGAAAGAGCAUAUCACAGAAGAUACAAAAUCUGAUACUAUCAAUGACACAUCUGACCUAGCUCUGCCACCUGAAAUGCCAAUUUUAAUUGACUUCCAUGCCCUGAAAGACAUCCUUGGGCCACCUAUGUAUGAACUUGAAGUGUCUGAGCGACUGAAUCAACCAGGCGUAGCAAUAGGCUUGGCUUGGACACCAUUAGGGGGAGAGAUCAUGUUUGUAGAAGCCAGUCGGAUGGAUGGGGAAGGCCAGUUGACUCUGACCGGGCAGUUGGGUGAUGUCAUGAAGGAAUCGGCCCAUCUUGCGAUCAGCUGGCUGCGCAGCAAUGCAAAGAGAUACCAGCUGACAAAUGCUUCUGGAAGUUUUGAUCUCCUUGACAACACAGACAUCCAUCUGCACUUCCCAGCUGGAGCUGUCACAAAAGAUGGACCAUCUGCUGGUGUUACCAUAGUAACCUGCCUUGCCUCCCUCUUCAGUGGGCGGCUUGUGCGUUCAGAUGUAGCCAUGACUGGGGAAAUUACACUAAGAGGACUCGUUCUUCCAGUUGGUGGAAUAAAGGACAAAGUGCUAGCAGUGCACAGAGCCGGCCUGAAGAGAGUCAUCAUUCCUCAAAGGAAUGAAAAGGAUCUUGAAGAAAUUCCAGCAAAUGUACGGCAGGACCUCAAUUUUGUGAUGGCGAGCACCCUGGACGAUGUUCUUAAUGCAGCCUUUGAUGGGGGAUUUUCCUCAAAGGCCAGUCUUGACCACGUGAAUAGUAAACUCUAAACAGAUUGAUGAAGUUCACCGAAAGAACAAGAUAUAAAGCUGGUAUUUACCUAGUAGCCUGUAAAAUGCCAGCAUGCGUUAAAAAGGGCAAUGGUAGGCCACCUGACAUUAGAUUUUUUUUUCAGAGAGGGAAGGGGUUAUUUUUUAAUGGAACAGCUACAUCUCUUGCUGCUGCUUCUGAUUGGGGAUGUUCUGCAGAGAUAGAUUUGAAUGCUUAAACUCUUAAGGAUGGUUAUUUCCCAAUGCUAUUAAGGGAUAGAUUUACACAUGUACAGAAUAGCAGUAUCUCAUCACAUGAGCCCUCAAGAAAGCUUUGUCCCCCCCUUUAUUCAGUGAAUGAAUACUGAGAUUUACUUUGCUGGAAUGUCAGAGUUCUUGUCAAUUUAUUGUUGUUGCCAGGCAAAGCUUUCUCCUUUCCCCAGUAAGCAUGCAUAAAUGAAGAAGCAUUGCAAGCAUAAUCUUGAGAGGCGCCCCUGCCCCCAGCUCUAGUGCCAGUGCAGAGAAGAUGUUCAAGUCUGAAUGUGCAAUAACUGAUAGGCCAAUGCCAAACCCCUCAGAUUAGACAGUGGCUGGUGAGGCCACCAGGAAGCAUUAAUUUCUUUGAAACUGUGUCUGAAUUGAACUCCUGGUUCCUGCUGCUUCUGAACUCCUGAAAAUUAAUAAUUGUGAUGGACAAAGAAACAAUUGGUUUCUUUCAGGCAAAUUUGUAACGGUGCUAUUUAAUGUUUAAUUGGAAACUUAAUUUUGUCAGCAUAUACAAUAUUUUAUUUACUGAAGUUGUGCCAUUUAAGUUCAGGUGCAUUAACAUGUAAGACACAACUUCCUUUUCAUGAUAGUUCAACCGUUUCCCUCGUGGGACAGGCACACAUCCUACAACAGUGCAUAGAGCAUCACAGGAACAUUUAGCCCAUUAGAUGCUGAUUGUUUUUACCACUGUCAGGGCAGAUAGCCUCAACUAUCUCAAAAUGCUAGCUGGCUGAUACAGGCAUCAAUGAACCCAAGUCAUUUUCCUGUUCCAUGAAUGUAAAAUGUGACAUAAAGAAAAGUGAAGUCUUUGUAAUGCAUAAGCAAACGUAUUGUUGGAUGUUAUGAGCAAAUGCACUCUUCCUAUAUGAAAA